CAGAGGAAAACUAAAACAACAUGUCUGCAGUUGUUACUGAAGAGCAAGAUCCCUUGCGUUGUUCCAUUUGUUUGGAGUUGUUGAAUGAUCCCGCCACAAUUCCAUGUGGACACAGCUACUGCAUGAAGUGUAUCAGUGGCUGCUGGGACCAGAGAAGAGAGCACAGCUGCCCUCAGUGCAGAGAGACGUUUACUACACGGCCUGUCCUGAAGAAAAACACCAUCCUAGCAGAGCUGGUGGAUAAAAUGAAGAGCAGGGGGUCUCACACUUCUCUUGCUGUUCCUCCUCCUCCUCAUGCUCCUGCUGCUGCGGCUUCGUAUGCUGGACCAGGGGACGUGGAGUGUGACUUCUGCACUGAAAGAAAACUGAAAGCUGUCAAGUCCUGUCUGGUGUGCCUGGUGUCUCUCUGUCAGACACACAUGGAGCCUCAUCUCAACAUCCCUGCCUUAAAGAAUCACAAACUGGUCCAGGCCUCCACGCGUCUGCAGGAGAAGAUCUGCUCUCAGCAUAACAAGCUGAUGGAGGUGUUUUGUCUAGCUGACCAGAAGUGUGUCUGCAUCUUGUGCACCAUGGACACACACAAGGGCCAUGAUACGGUCUCAGCUGCCGCCCAAUAUAAAGAGGAACAGCAUUCCGCUAAAGAGGCAGAGCAGCAGAGUGAGAAGAUCUUCACAGAGCUGCUGGAGUCUAUUGAGAGGAGACGCUCUGAGGUGAAAGAGCUGAUCAGAGCUCAGCAGAAGGCAGCGGUGAGAGACGCUGAAGAUGUUUUGGAGAAACUGGAGCAGGAGCUGGCUGAGUUGAGGAGAGGACACGCUCACUUGCAGAAGCUCUCGGUUGAGGAAGACCCAGUCCUUUUCCUCCAGAAUUUUCAGGUCUUGAAGUCGUCCAUAUCCAAACCGUCUCCCAGCAUCGGUUUCAAUUCUUACACGUCAUUUGAUGACCUGAAAAAAUCUCUCACUGACUUGAAAAGUGAAGUAGAAAAACUCUGUGAGAGUGACGUGGUGAAGAUGUCUGGAAAAGUGGCCAUCUUGGAAAUCAUCAAGUCACCAGAGCCAAAGACCAGGGAGGACUUCUUAAAGUACUGCUUCAAGCUCACUUUGGAUCCAAACACGGCACACAGAGCGAUCUCUCUGUCUGAGGGGAACAAGAUGGCGACGCGUGGAGAGGCCCAGUCCUACCCAGAUCAUCCAAACCGAUUCCAAGGCACUGAGCAGGUGCUGUGUGAACAGGGCUUUUGUAGACGCGCUUACUGGGAGGUGGAGCUGGAUCUGAAGAAGGACGGGGACGUUCACGUUGCAGUAGCCUAUAAAAGUACAACCAAGAGCACUUAUGGUUAUUACGGUUAUAGUGCUAAUACGUUUGAUUGGUUCCUCAGAUGUAGGCUUGCAGAUUACUCCCGCUGGAGUAGUUAUGACAAAAUUUUCUAUGCGACUGCCCCCUGUAGGAUUGGAGUGUAUGUGGAUUACAGGGCAGGCAAUUUGUCCUUCUACAACGUGUCUGACAACAUGACACUUAUCCAUAAAGAUCGCAACAACUUCACUGAGCCAGUUUAUCCUGGCUUCUGGUUGGGCAAUGGCGCAUCCGCCAAACUUCUGUAAAUGCAUGCACAUAACAUGCACAUGCCAUUGCACCGAAAGACGGGAGACCAAGAUAUUGUGGGAAAAUAGGGUAUUUGAAUGUGUAUUUGCUUAUUGGAUCUUUCCCAAAAAUGAAGAUGAGGUACCCAAUCUAGAGUAAGAUAAGAUUUUAAGAAGUUAAGAUAAUUUGGAUCAUUCAGUGUGAUGCCAUGUAUGGCAUCCAUUAGAAAGGGAACAUGGUAACUGCUAAGUCGAGCAUUGGUUUAGGCGUUACAUUUAUUUGGCGUAUCAUUCAUUUGUGUUAUCAUCCCUUAUGGCAGGGGUUAACAACCUCUUCCAACUUGGGGCCCACUUGAAAAUGUUCACAACUAUUCGAGGCACACCCCUGACCCCAAUAAACAAUACAAGUGAAAUAAAUACUCAACAGCAACACACACUAUAUUAUUUAGAUGUUUCGGAAAAUGAUUUCAUGGUCUACUUGUUUUAUACUUUGAAAGCCAUUCAUGUGCUAGGGGCCCCGGCCCACAGUUUGAGAAUCGCAGCCCUACGGCAUCCGUUAGAAAGGAAACGUGCCAACUUGGGAACUGCUAAGUGGGUCUUUGGUUUAGGCGCCAUAUCUUUUUGUCGUUUAUAGACGUUUGGCUUGUCAACUUGGAGCCCACUUAAAAUGUAUUUGCCAGUACACAUACUGUAUAUCCAUAUCUGUUAUUUGUGUUGGGCGUUAUAUGUGGAGAUAAGUUGGACGUUGUUUUGAGCCAAAAAGUUCAGAAUCCACUAAUAAUCCAUUAUGGAUGGUAUUUUCUUCUGGAAGGCAAUUCCAAAUACCGCACAAUAUAUUCGAUUUUGGUUGUUGCACCUUAAAACACAUACAAUACACACACACACACAC